AUGGUAACCAUCGCCCUUGAAAAUCUCAAUAAAUAUAAUGUGAGUGUCAAUGAUAUUUUAUUCAUUAUCACACCUAUCAAUCUCAAGACGUCCACUGCUGAUCCUGGAACGGACGAGGCAGUGCUCAAGCAGCUUCUCUCCAACUUGGGGGGGCGGGGCAACGCCUCCUACCGGAGGUUGUGUUUGGGGAUCUUGCGAUCCAUAGCCGUCUACGGGGCUCUUGUGUACUUUUGUAGACAUAAUGAAGAAUUGGCAUCUGCUAUUGUAAGACUCGGGGCGUUGGAACAUAUCGUUUCGUGUUUAGAAGAUUUUGAUACGCAAGUAAAAGAGAAUGCAGCGUGGGCUUUGGGGUACAUAGGCAAACACAGUGAACAAAUAGCAGGACAAGUGGUCGAUGCUGGUACGCUGCCAUUAUUGGUUUUAGCUUUUCAGGAGCCCGAAAUAAGUUUGAAACAAAUCGCAGCUGGCGCGCUGGUAGACUUGGCUCAGCAUAAACCCGAGGCUGUAGUUGAUGCUGGAGCUAUUUGCCAUUUGGUUCACGGGCUGGAGAACCAAGAUCCUAAACUAAAGCGUAGCACACUAUGCGCAUUGGGCGCAGUGGCGGGUGCUCGCACGGAGCUGGCGGAGGCGGUGGUGGCUGGAGGGGCUUUGCCACCAGCAUUACUGCACGCAGGCCACGACGCCGCUCCCGUGCGUCGCGCUGCGGCGUGUCUCCUCAGGGAUAUCGUCAAACACUCCGUUGACUUGGCGCAAUUAGUUGUGAACACAGGAGGAUGUGGUCCGCUAGUGGAGCUUCUAGCCGAGUCGAUAGGUGGUGGUCGUGUGCCUGCUUGUAUGGCACUUGGUUUCAUCGCUGGACAGUCUGAUCAGCUGGCUAUGGCUGUUGUUGAAUCUAAGGAGUUUAAUCUCCCAUGGCGUCCUCACCUUCCGCCUGACGCAGGACCUGACCUUCCAGCGGACGACGAGUAA